GCGGGGAAGGAGAGGGAGGAAAACGCAAGGGAGGGUUUCGAGGAUCACGGGAACUGUAGGCCGUUUGAAUUGUGGGAAGUGUAGUCUCAUGAGGUGGCCUUCCUCUUUAGCCUUAUUCUUGUAAUGGCUGCUUCCUGUCCGGUACCAUAAAGGGAAGCCCCUGGAUCCUUAAGCUCGAAGGCAGUCUUCCCGCAGAUUGCUGCUAGAUAACCCAGCUUUGGAUUUUAGACUUGAUUAUUUUCCUUGAGUCCUCCAGAUCCAGACAACAUGGCUUCAGUCGGAGAUAUCUCCAAAGCGCUCCUAGUCCUCAUUUCACUGCUCUGUGUGCUGCCUGUUGUUGAAGCAGUAGAAGCCGGAGAUGGCAUAGCACUUCUGCUGGGCAUGUUUCUCAGCCUUACGGGCAUCUGUGCCUGUUUGGGAAUAUACGCCAGGAAGAGGAAUGGACAGAUGUGACUUUGGGGGGAGGGUCUCCCGAGUCAAACAUAGAUGUGCAGAUCUCUCUGUGUUUGAGAUUUAACUGAGAAAUCAGUUUCUUAAAAAUCAAGGUCCAGUUAGCAAGUAAAUGGUUAUUUUCUAUUCUUUGGAAGAUGUUGCCUUAAAAUGUAAAAGCUGCUUUAUGUGAAAAUGGAAGGAAGGGUCAUUUUAUUCAUUUUUGAGUGUAAGCCUGAUUGUUCACCAAAGUAAAAACGGUCCAAGAACUUGUAAAUGUUUAUGGGAAGGGAUGAUGGAGGGUGCUGUCAAAGAAAUAAGAUGACUAUAAUUUAUCCUAAAUGAUGUUCUAUGGCUUCUGGAGUAAUAAAAGGUAUAGGACAAAGAAACUGUCUGUUUAGAUCUGUUGGAUGUCAGAUAUUUUCUGUAUCCUUAAAUGCCAAGAAAAUGCUCCCCAAAGAGGAGUAGAGGAAGCCUUAUUCUGUAUAUGUGUCAAAGAAUUUGUCUAGUUUGUAGCCCCAGAUAAACACUUCAUUUAAACAUAAAAUUCAGUUAGUAGGCAUUUGGAAAUUUAGAAAAAGUUUUUCUUCAUAAGGAAUUUAGAAACACAUAUGUUACUGCAUAUUUGCUUAUUUAAAUAAUGGAAAGGUUUAAUGCUUUUAAAAAGUUUUAUAUUGAUUACUAAGUACCUCUGUAAAACACAUUAAAAUAAACAUCAGACUUGCACUAAUGAAAUGAA